CCGGGCAAUGAAGCACCUGGUGGACCCGCUGCGAACUCUGCGCAAAUUCUUGGAACGACAGAUAUCCAUCUAUUUGACGACAAUAACCAGAAUGCACAGAAUCCUCAUUACAAGGAACUUCGUAACAAAGCGAGGUCUGAGGGUGACAAAAUGGCCAAUGCAUUUAAGGCUUCCAAGGCAGCCUAUGCUAAAGGCGAUGGCGCACGCGCUAAAGAGCUAAGCAACGAGGGCAACAUGCAUAAACAAAAUAUGGAGCAACUUAAUAGGGAAGCGCGCUUGUGGAUCUUUGCUGCUAACAACGCUGACAGCCCGCCGGAUACGGUCGACCUCCAUGGCCUGUAUGUAAAGGAGGCCCUAGCCAAAGCAGAGGAAGCCGUGCAAAAAGCCCAGGCGCAAAACUUUCCUCAACUGAAGCUCAUCGUCGGAAAAGGUAUUCACUCACGAGAUCAUGUGGCUCAUGUCAAGCCCGCUGUCGAGGACUUGCUACGCAAGUAUCAUCUUAAUGCCCAUGUGGAUAAACACAAUGCAGGUAUUGUUGUUGUCAAUUUGCAGGGUCCGGUGGGUGGUGGUCAGGCCAACUUUACGCGUGACAUUGCUCAGCAGGCUACUGGAGAUGAACAAGAGUGUAUCGUCAUGUAA